CAGCGACAACAGCAACGGCGACAGCAGCAGCAGCGACAGCAGCAGCAGCAGCAGCAAGAGCUGCAGCAGCAGUGGGAGGGGCGAAAGGGGAACUCCAAAAGCUUCAGGUACUGGGGAUGA